GUCAGUGUCAUAGUUACCCUUUUGCUUUGACAGCUGUCUUUCGUUGUCGUUGCUAGUUAACACAUCUGCCUCUGCCAAAGAAUGUCAUUCCAAGACAAAAUAACCUCUCUCAUGGCGAGGCCAGGACAGGAUCCAGUCCCGAAGGAUGAUGUGCCAUGGUGGAUGAAAUUCGCUGGCAGAGGGGUAGGAACUGUGGGAGGUUUUAUUGCGAUGUUUCUGGGAGUUUGGGUAUGUGUAACAAUUAGUUUUUGGGGAAUCGUCGCGGGACUGUGGCAAAUAACGGCAGGUUUUAUUGUAUUGUGCUGCGAAGCGCCUUGCUGUUGUAUGUUUGUAGACAAAGUGCAAAAACUGGCAGACUUUAUCGAAUCCAGACCUUAUUGGAAUCGAGCUGUAGCAUACGCCGGGCUAGCCUUACCCCCGAUAAUAAUGUCAGUCGGGCUGUCCACCAUAUUCGGCAGUGGUCUCAUUUUCACGACUGGGGUCAUCUAUGGAAUGAUGGCCCUUGGACGGAAGGCCACAGUAGAGGAAAUGCGACAGGCUGCCAGUGCGGAGAGCGCCCCAAGAACCUUCUCCGGCAUGCAAUCGAAUCUCGUCGCCAACGCUCAACCCAUCAGUUUCACUGGAGCUCCCGUUUUUGACAGCAAAGUCUGAUCAAUACGUCUUCGCACUUUCCCGUUUUCCAUUAUAUCCCCUCCAACUCCGAUCCCUCUCUCCCGGCUAGCGAGUUUUGUAGAUAGGCAAAAGUAAGGCGUAGCGCGUUUUUAGUGAGUGUACAAUAUAAUUUAUUCGUGGUAGUUUCGGCGCUUUGUAUAUAUUUUGGGUGUCUCUCACUUCUUUAUUGACUUUUAGAUUGUAUUUUCACAUGGUCUUUCAGCAGGACUCGUCAUUGUUUCGCAGGAACUUGUUUGCUCAUAAGUAGGCAUUGAAAAUUUCACGAAUGCCCUUUGGAUUGAUGAAUGCACCUUCAACUUUGCAUACCUUAACAACUAAUCUAGAGUUAUUCUCUUUAUGACUAGACUUUCAACAAAAAUAGUUAUGUGGAGGUUGAUGACAUUUUGGCCCACUGUUAUAUUCUUUCGAAAGUUCUGAGUUGUGUGGAUUUUGUGAGUUGUAAGUGUUUUCAAUCUUGGAUUAUUUUGUGAUAUAGUUUAUGUAUUUUAGACGAUUUUAUUUAGUUAGUGGACCAAAUUAGAGAUUUUUCGUGGCUUUUGUUCAGCAAUUUCAGAUGUUUUGCGUACUUUAUUCCAUUUACAUGUGUACUGUUAUCCCAAGACUGUUAUUUGCAAUUAUUAUUAUAGUGCGCUCCGUGAUUUUUUCGGGCGAGAGGAACUAUCCAUGUGUGGAUGUCGAGACUAGUUUUUGGUUGAGAAAAGUGGCAUUCCGGUGAUUGUGGUCGUAUUCGUUGAAAAUUUCCAAUUGUUCAUAUUGUCUAGUGUAGAGUAGCGUAGAUGAAAGUACAUAUCGCCCCAGCUCCUCCAGAAACAUGUUAUUAUCCAAACAUUUCAUGAAAUUACUCAUGUUUCUCCUUAUAACCAAGAGACGGACCAUAGAUUAUAGUAGUUUCCCUAAAUAUAGGUAGAUAUAGUUCCAAUUUCUCUGAAAAAAACAUCGUUGAGAUCUCGGGGUGGGGAGAAGUUCGUUAAAUUCGAUUUUUAAUAUUCCAUUAACUGUACUGAUAUUGCUAACGAAAAACAAAUUGUUAUUUUUGAGCUGACACAUGUGACUCGAUGCAAACGAAACAUUGAGGUUAAGAGUUUCAACAUCGCUGAAAAUAGCCCGGCGUAAUAUUUGAAUUGUACUUAAAUUCGUUCAAGGCAAUACUCACUGACCCCCUGCUCUUUUUGAUUCCAGUGUUUCAGCAAGCAUCGAUUCACAGAUCCUUUUAAUGACUAACUGGCAACUUGGCACAUUUCAAUUGAGUCAGUGAUUAAUAUUGAGAUUAUUGCCUGGCAACACUGCAAUUUACAGAAAUUAAACAAUCACCGAUUGUUGAGAUUACUUUGUGUUGACUUGGAAAGGCAGCAGAAAUUUGUACAAAUUUGAUGUAUUUUUCAACUCGUCGCUUUUCGUAAUUUAUUCGUUGUCACUACGUCCACUUCGAAUUGCACCCAUCUACAUUUUUUGAUUAAGAGAACUGUCUGUUGCAGAUAAAUUCCAUUAGAGUAAAAUAUAUUACCAAUCUCUUUUUCAAUAAUGUUACUUGGUUUUUCAUCUAGGAAAUGAUUCAAAUUUUUCUUGAUUGAAGCUGAGGCGAAGUAUAAAUUUCGAAUUGAAUUUAAAUUGACGCCGUUAUGCCAAAAAUCUUCGAUCGGAUCGUGAAUGGAUGAAUUGAAGUGGAUAAUUUGUUACCCUCAUCGACAGCAAGUCAUUCUAGUUGAUAUUGUAUUGUUGAGAAUGUAUUAUUGAUGUGUUAUAGUAGCAUAAAUAUAUCUUAUAUUAAGACA